GUUCCGCCGAUACAGAGACGUCCGCCGGCGCUCAAAGCCUGAAGCAGGUGGAAAAUCCGUAUUACAACGUUCCCAUGUCACGUGGCCAUAUUCGCUUGCUUCAACUAUUGCCGCAUGAAAACGAGAACGCCGCAAUACACUGUCGGCUCUUCUCCACCGCAUUGGACUCAAAAUGUGAUGGCGCUGGCCGUUACACAAAAGGCACUCGUCCGUACGAGGCUUUAUCCUACGUGUGGGGCUCCGAGGACAAGCCUUGUUCCAUCUUUAUAAACGGGUGCAACUUGGCCGUUGGGAAAAACCUUCACGCAGCGCUGUUACAUCUUCGAGAUCACUCCAUUGAACGAACUAUAUGGAUAGAUGCCAUUUGUAUCAACCAAGAAGACGAAGAAGAAAAAGGACACCAAGUUCAAUCUAUGGCGAAGAUCUACGCUAAAGCAAGUCGUGUAAUUAUUUGGCUUGGAGAGGAGGCAGCCGGUAGCGACCAAGCGCUCGAAGAAAUACGCAUCACAGCCGAGCUAUCUACAAGACGAUUAGACAAUAAAGCUGGAAUCCUUACACUGCUUGAACGACCGUGGUUUCAGCGCAUCUGGGUGCUUCAGGAAGUUGCCGCGGCUCGCCAUAUCCUGAUCAAGUGUGGUUCUGCUGAGGUUGACGGAUCUGCAUUCUGCUUAGGCCUAGAUGCAUUGAACCUGUCCAACGAACUCCCCGCAGACCUGCGGGCUCGAAUCCUUUCGGUAACCUACCUUAUAAGGGGCGCAAUCUUCCGGUCAAAAUACGCGACCAGUCAGUCAGACAACUUUUCUCUUGACAUACGCCCUCUGGGUGAACUGAUAGAGAUGUACCACACCCGUGGAGCUACGGAUCGUCGCGAUAAAGUAUAUGCCUUACUCGGUAUGAGCUCUGAUAAUCCAACCGCAGCAGGAUUAUUCGCCGACUACGAUAUUUCGUGGAAACAACUCUUCAACAAACUCAUCCACUUCUUCUUAUCUGAAUUGGUCUCUGUAGCAGGCCUUUCGGACGAUAAGGAGAAUGCCGUCAUUGAGGGCAAGGGCUGCAUUCUUGGCGAAGUGUCCUCGGUCAAGAGAAAUGCUAUUUGGGAAGACAGACAAGAUGUGGCCAUUACUUGGAGUAAUGCCCCCAGCGAUAUUUGCGUGAAGGAAGCAUGGGGCUUUUGCUGGACCCUCCCGACCACGGUAAAAUCCGUCCAAAAAGGAGAUGUCGUCUGCCUUCUUCAAGGAGCGUCGAGACCCACGAUCCUCAGGCCAUACAACGAUCACUGGGCGGUUAUCAUGAUUGCAGUUUCCCCAGCAGGCGAUCCACAAGCUACGACCGAAGAUAUCAAGUGGUCAGAACUUUUACAAUCGAUAACAGUCUUUCCACACAAUUUUCUACUUAUCUGGGAUUGGGAUAUGGAUCCAAACAAGCAGCAAGAUAAAAACAACCACGACUACUUUGCAAGCAUUCCAGAGCAUUCAAAGACAGGGUUGGAAGGUUGUCUAAAUGCGGCGACUAGGAUACGGAAUGUCAGAUUGGUAUUACAAGAGGUGAAACAGUAUGGAGUUGCAGUGAAGAAUCUUCGGGAAGAAACGGCGGUUCUUGAGAGAGCAUUGAAGAGUAUGAGAAACCUAAAAAAGACUUGCCCAGGUCCCGAGGAUUUAGAAAAGGAAGAUGCAAAGGAAACAAUGGUGAAUCAGCUUAUUGAGGACAAGGGCCAAUGGACGCUUCUAUGCUUGGCGGCAGAAAACGCGCAUGAGACGGUCGUAAAGUUGCUUCUCGAUAGUGGCAAGGUCAACUUGCAGAGGGAGGAGCUACGGACGGCGCUGUGGCUUGUGGCGCAAAAAGACUAUAAAGCGAUCGUUAAGAUGCUUCUCGAUACUGGCAAGGUUGAUGCAGGUGCUAAGGAUGAGAAUAGACAGAUAGCGCUGCAUAUGGCGGCAGAGAAUGGGCAUGAGGCGGUUGUUAAGCUGCUUCUCGAUACUGGCAAGGUUGACGCAGGUGCUAAGGACCGGGGUAAACGGACAGCGCUGCAUAAGGCGGCAGAGAAUGGGCAUGAGGCGGUUGUUAAGCUGCUUCUCGAUACUGGCAAGGUUGACGCAGAGACAGCGCUGCAUAAGGCGGCAGAGAAUGGGCAUGAGGCGGUUGUUAAGCUGCUUCUCGAUACUGGCAAGGUUG